AACAGACUAGUCUCAGUCUGGACCCGGUUGUACACAUCUUCCUGUGAAGGCGUACAGUCCGUGCGUGUAAAUGUACAUGUACAUGUACAGUACGUCGUGCCCGUACGUACGUACACGUAGCAGCUUGGACCGGAAACCAGACCAUCACGUAUGCGAAAGCGGCAGCUGCUAUUGCUAAUAUGCUGUCGAUGUCAUCAGCAGUGCGCAGUCGAAAAAUUACUGAAAUCAGUCGGAGCAGAUCAUCAUGGCGCCCAUUUUGACUUCGCGGCGGAUGUCCAAUCCCCACACUGUCCAGCAGCUAUGGGAGGCUGUCACGGCCAUUCGUAACCAGAAGCAGGUGGCCAACAUGGAGCGUAUCUUGAAGUUCAUGAAGCGCGAGUAUGGUGUGUCUGCCAAGGAGACGCAGCAACAGCUGGCUUACGCCACCAAAGAUGGGUUGAUUGUCAAAGACAACUCGAGAGCCAAGAAGGGCGUCAGGGCUGGUCAAGAGCAAGAGGCCUACUGGUGUACUGUUGAACAAGAAGACGAGAGCAAAGAGUCCCAUGACUGGUACUGCUGUAAGUGUCACGGCCCAGGGGAGGUCCUGUGCUGUGGGUCUUGUUACCGUGUGUAUCACCCAGAUUGUGUGCCAGAGGGGGUUGACCUGGGCAACCUGGGUUCAUCCUGGACAUGUCCGGUCUGCAGGCAAAUCAAAUCUCCACGCCAGAAACUCACCAAACCAGUGUUGUACAAACUGCUCAAUCAUGUUCUGAAAAGAAUGAAGGACAAGGCACGAGAUCUUCACAAGAAGUUGAAUAUGGGUGCGCUUCCCAACUACUACAACCUCGUUUACAGGCAUGUUGAUCUUGCCACUAUCAUGCAGCAGAAAGUUGAAGACAAGAGAUAUCGCUGCAUCGAAGAAUUCCAAGCUGAUGCUGAGAUGAUGGUCCAUACGGCAGUCAUCUAUCAUGGCCAGACGCACGAGCGAACGGAUCUCUGCCAGUUUACACUCAACGACUGCAACUAUGACCUGGCAGAAAUCCAGCUUUGUAAGGAUUGCUACCUGAUGUCCAACAGUCGCACUGACAAAGGAUGGUUCUGCAAGCCCUGUGACCCUGCUCAUGAGGUUGUGUGGGCCCAGAUGAAAGGCUUUGGAUACUGGCCGGCUAAGGUGUUGCAGAGAGUGGACAGUAAUGUGGAUGUGAGGUUCUUUGGCAGUAGGCACCAAAGAGCCUGGAUACCGGAGGAGAAGACGAGAGACAUCAGUGUACACCACAGCAAGCUCAGUGUCAAGGCGACCCAGGGGUGGCGCAAGGCACUCAAGGAGCUGCAUACAUACCUCGGGAAAAACCCUAGAUCAGAUAGUGAGGAGUCCGUGGACAGUAAGCCCACACGGAAACGAAGUCGUGAGGACUCAAGCAAGACAGAAGGCUCCGGUGAAAAUGAAGAUGACGUGGUGUCCAGUACCUACAGUGAUGGGGAUCAGGUUGAAACAAAGCAGUCAAGAUUACAGGACCAUUCUGUUUCAACAAGUCAAGCAUCACCGGAUGGAGUUACAGCAGAUGAAAAUACAGUUAAGAAGGAGCAUUCCUCAUCCACUCCGCCGUCCUCCCCCAAUCCAGCUCCGCCAGAGGUCAUUGCACCUCCUCCAAACAAGAAGCUGAGGAGGAACUCCACCAGCACGGUGGAGCACCAGGAGAUGCCCCAGUUACCCAAGGUGCCAGACGGAGAGAGCGGGAGCGGUGCCCCGCUGCAGUGCAAGUGCCAAGAGGUGUUCGACGCCAUGCUGGCUGAAAAGCUGGCCCAGCAGCAGAAGGAAUUGCAGAAGGAGCACCAGAAGGCACUGGAGAAAGCUGUCAAGGAAGCCCUGAAAAAGGCCAAGGAAGAGUUUAAAGCAGAGAAGGAGAAGGCACUGGCCCAUGCCAAGGAGAGUGCCAAGAUGGAACUGGAGGCAGAGCGCAAGGAGGCCGCUGAGCGGGCCCAACAGGACAAGGACGAGGAGCUGGAGAAACUCAAGACCAAGCACAAGGAGGAGAUCUCCUUCACUAAGAAGCGACAGUGGUGUAUCAACUGUGAGCAAGAGGCCAUGUAUCACUGCUGCUGGAAUACCUCUUACUGCAGCAUCAGCUGCCAACAGUCCCACUGGCACAAAGAGCACAAGCGUCUCUGCCGACGCAAACGGUGAUGAGAAACCUCCCUUCCCCCAAAGAUGGCCAUCACAGUUCAACCAACGGGUCAACGCUACAAGGUCAGGUCUUGCAAAUGCACAAGGUGUUGUAAAUGUUGUACAUGUCAGACUUAGCAAGAGUUUUUAAAAAGAGAGAUUGUUUUCUGGUUUUUUUCUUCCUUGAUAUGCCCUUUACUGCAGACAUUGCACCAACUAGUUGGGAAUGAAUAACCUGGUGGUAUGAACGUCUUGGGAAAGGUUGCUAAUGGAAAUACGUUAACAGGUCACAAUUUUAUUUUUAAUUUGUACAAAAUUUAAGUUAUUUUCUUUGAAAUUUUCCUUUCUUGUUCCAGAGGUCCCCAGAGGAAGAUUUGAAAAAAUAAAAAAAAUGUCCGUCAAAAGUGUGAGCUUGAAACAUGCUCUCAACUUACAAAUCAGUGGUAACUGCUCUUAAAUCCACUAUAAACAAGAUACCUGAAAUUUGCGUCCAGUUUUUAUUUCAACUUGUAGCAAAGAGUAGAAAAUAUCUGUGUCGUUGAAACUUUUAGAAAAGCCAGAUAUCUAGAACAUAAUUUGUCAUUCGAAUAUCAUUUUGUUUUGUAUUUCUUUAAACAGUUCAACCUAAUUUUGUCAUAUGAUGUGUCUAAUGGAAGAAAGUGAUGUAAAUAUUUUGGGUUUAAUCAAAGGGCACAAUUUUUGAAUUUUAUACGAAUAAUUCAUAAUUUUGAAACAGCUGGAAAACAUCUCGGCCUCUCAAGGGGUAGUGAAGUCGGGGAAAUUGAAUUUUUUUGGCAACUUGAGUUAACGAAUUGUGAAUGUGAUGUGAUUGGAAUUUUUUGUUUUGGGAAGUUGCAGAUCUUGUUAUACAGUAGUCUGGUUUCAUUACUGUAAUGCUCGACACACCUCACGCUAAUUAGUAGAUGGACGGAUCGAGGCAUAAAGAACAUAACAAAAGGAAUGAUUCGCAAUUCAGUGCAUCCCCAACGUAUAUUCCCAUAAGUUUACUUCCACCUUGGGGCCAACAUUAGUCACCGCAUAAUGUUUUACUAACUACAGCACUUUGAAAUAUGGGUGGGCAUGCUGCACUCUGUAUCAAUUGAGAAGAUGGGUGGAGUUGCAAGGUGUAGUUUAAUAACCCUUCAACAAAUGGACUAUCAAAUCCCUUCGAAACAUCGAUAGACCAAUAAGCCAUUUGCUAGUUAAAUUUGACCAAAUUCAGCAUUCCCCCGACUGAAGACACUCUUGCUAUACCCUGUGAUUCGGGGCAAGCUUUUGCAUAGCGACCACCAUCUGUGGAAUGGACUGGUUCCUUUGUGCCCUUCUUAU